AAGAAGUGUUUUGUUGUCAUGGCGGUGUUUUAAACUGCUUGACGUUUCCUAAAAACAAAUCUUGAUUUUAGCUUCUCAUUGCCAACCUCCCGUCAUGUUUAAAUACAACACCACGGACUUACUCGUCGGUUAUUGUGCGAUAAAUCAAUUGCUUUUUUUUGCAGUCGAUCGGAUCAGUAGAUAAUUGCUCUUAGUAGGAUUACUCAAGCAGGACUGGUUGACUUUGUUACUUCCGUCAAGACGGCACGUAAAAAAUAUUUUCAAGAUGAUUUCAGAUUUCCAAAGGGGGUCUGCUAUGACCAUUGGUGACCUGGGCUCUGUGAAUCGUGAAUGGAUUAGAAAAGAAUCCUCUGGGUCUCCUAUGACUGGUCUGCAAACGCAACUUCAGUUCAAUAAUACAGUGACAGCCAGUGUUCUCAACCGAGCCACCCGCGUGGGACCCCCUUCUCCCAUCAUAAUAGAGAAACUUAAACCCCGUACAGAAAGGCAGGAUGAUCUGGAGAGCUGCAGCAGCUCCGUACGUCUCUCAGUCCUCUCAGAAGAGCGUCUGCAGGCUGCCGUCAGACUCGCCAGGAGAGAUCUGCGCAGGAAACAUCAGGAAACCAUCAGCCGUUUGUCACCCGAACCAGCAGAAACAUCCCACAAUAUCAGCUCACAAAGAAGAAACAUAGAUUGCAGUCCUUAUGCAGUCCAGCCAAAGAUAUCAGUUCCAAAAACACUAUUUAAAAAUGAUGCUCAAGUGCUUGUUUAUACGCCUCAGGAACCCAACAGCCAACUUAAACGGGGCCAGCCGCCCAAUAAAGACCUCGACCCGAGAGUCAACAGCGGUGAACCACAGCUCACCCAGGAGAUCCGGAAAUUACAGAAGGAGCUCAGCACGUACGUGCAAAGGAUAGAGCAGUUGGCUAAUAAAGGACGCGCUGUGGAGGUUCUGGAGCCUGAUGAGAAACAAAGGAUGGAGAUCCGGCGACAGGAGCAAGCGGCCCGUUCUGCACGUAUCAUCUAUGUGUUACAGCCACAGGUUAAAGAAAUACAGGAGGAUCUAGACAAGCUGCGCUUCCAGAAUGCCAAACACACCCAAAAGUCCAGGGCAAUGGACAGACUGGCCGCUGCUCACCGGGGGGCUGUAAGAGCCAUGCAGGUCUUUAUCAACCAGGUGUCAGAUCCUGCCGAGAACAGAGUGCCCACCCACUGCAAAGAGCUGGGGCAGCUGAUUCGCCAGCUCUCUCUCUGCUCAGCCAAAGCAGAGGUGGGGCAAGGAUCUGCCGUUCCAGAGACAGCCCUCGACAUCCUGCAGAAAUUAGAGAUGUUGGACCAAGCACUGAGUAAGCAGGAGACAUGCAAGAAAAGAGAAGUUGAUUUGCAGAACGUCAACCCAGUUGAAAAGACUUCUACCAGGGUCAGGGCCCGCAGCAUGUCCCCUCCACGUCCUGCUAGAGCACCCACCGAGAGGACCUCACAAAGACCCCAAAAGACAGCUGCUACAAAAAAGCCUGAAGGCAGCAGACUGGCAGCAAAAUCCCACAGGACCUCACAAGCACUGGUGAAGGAGCGCAAUGAAGUUCUGAAGGCAGGGCUAGAGAGCCUUUUGCAUCAUCAAAAACUGAGAGCGGCAGAAGCACAGAAGCCCAACAAAACUUCUAGUGCUAUCAACCCAGACCUUGUUAAGCAGGCCGGUCAUGUUCGCGAUGCCAGCUUCCAGCAGCCCACAGUCUCAUCUCGACUGAGGGAAAACCAGGUACCUCAGAAAGAGCCCACUGUGCCUUGGAUACCAACAUCCCCUUACUCUCCUCCUCGUCCACGUGCUGUGUCUAACCGGCCAGAGCCCAGAUGUCUGUUCUCACCUAAAAAGAGCCCUGAAAGGCAGAAGCCACAGACCAGACCUAGUGGCAGCACACCGCUCAGCCCUUCAGCACACGACAGAAAUCAAGCCCAAAAUGAAGCUCUUAGGCAAGCCUGGCUGGACCGGUUGACUGCAGACAGACUAAGAGAACUGAAUUGUUUGAGUAAAGAGGAGGCUGACCGCAUUAACAAACUCCGGACCACAGUGGGCUCUCCGACACAAUGGGCGGAAAAAGCUGAGCAGGCCGCUAGAGAAAGAAUCCAGCCACUGUUGGAUCAAGCCAAGCAGGUAGUAGGAGCAGGAAGUGAUGCACUCAGAGAGCGGAUGAAGGUUGCAGAUAAGCCUGGGGCCAGUGAGGACGUACUGAGCGAAGCUCUUCUGGAAGAUCUUCUGGAGGACGCAGCUCGAGCACUGUGGGUUACUGAGAGGCAGCAGGUGGCCAAGGCUGAUGCUGAGAAACAGCUGCAGGGCCCCACUUUAGAGAGCAUGUUGCUCAGGAUGGAGGAGAUGGAGAGAGACCAGGAUGAAGUGCGUCGACGCUUUGCUAUGAUUUCAUACUCUGACCCUCAUAUCUGGGAAAAAGGCACAGACGCUGGAAGGAAUAUUACUAGCUCUAGGCCGGCCUCUCCUCAGCCAAUCCGUCUGACGAAACCAGUCCUGAAUGCACCCGGUACGGCCGACAUCCUCCUGCAAAAGCCGGUGGAGACUGGAGCUGCUGUAGACACAUCGAUACUAGAUGAGGAGUCUUUAACUCUGAAUGACCCCAGUCAUCCAGGCCCAGCUGGAGGGGGAAGCGUACGAGGGCUUUACCUGACUGUGCCGCCCAGCAUGCAGAGGAGUAUCCAGAAAUACAGGGAGAACCAUGAUGCCUUUCUGCGCCUGGUUUCACACGAGGCUCUGGGGAGCUUCAAUCCUUGGGCGAUAGCAGACAGUCUGGCCGAUGAGCUAAUGGCUGAGGCUCUGGCAGAUGUGGCAGCAGAGUUCCAGGAUGUUUGCGAAGAGUAUGCGGAAGCUGUUUUCACUUCAGAGUUCCUGCGGCCAGUCCAGUCUCCCACCACAUCGAUGUCAUAGAGGCUCCUUAUAAACAACUUGCAAGCAGUGACACUUUGAUUAUAUUUUUGGAACAGAACUUUGUCAUAUCCAGGUUGAUAUCUUUGUAUGUUUUUCCAUGAAUCACAUUUAAAUAAUGGACAAUAUACAAUCAUUGAACCUGAUGGUUAAAGCUUGGUUUUUACCCAGACCGCUAUUUCUGUUGUAAUGCGAAACCUCAGUGGGCGGUCUGACUUUUAAAUGCAAACAGAUGCUUUUUAGCACACGGCUAACAAAUGUCACAUCAGUGUGACAUAAUCCAUACAACCUUCUUCAUGCAUUAGUCAAUGCAUUAGUUGACUUUUGCAUUUCCUGUUCAGCAUAGACAAAAGCCUUAAAAGAACCUCUACAUUAUUAAUGUAUUACAAAUGAUAAGAUGUACACUGUUUUCUAUAAAUAUCUCACACUAGAGGAACACGCACUCGCUUCCUACCAAGCUGCAUUAAGUGCCUGUCUGCAUCGGAACAGGAAUUUGUUACUUUGUGGACUGAUUUCAUAUUCUCUAAAUGUUUUUUGUUUCUCUUUGCUAAUUGCCUUUAAGUUCACCGAGCGUCCAUAUGUUGUCCAGUGAGACCGGACAGGUGAAGGUAUACUUAGAGUGUAUAGUUUACGUGUCAGAGCACGAGGGGGAAAGUGGCUCUCAGAUGGGUCCAGAUGUUCUGCUGGUAUGCAAAAAAUUUGUUAGGACGAGGUAAGCAUUACAAGCAUUCUUAUCAUCAAAAUGUACACGCAUACAGCUCUAAUAUAACAAAGUAAGUCUAUAAUAAUCAGAGAGUGUGCCGUUUAGACAUUUAGGAAUAUAACAUUAGCGUCUACGUCUUUUAAGGGCUUUUUAUGGCUUUAAAAGUAUCUGUUGUCCCCUUGAUGCUUAAUUCUAAUGCAGUGAGCAGAUUUUAUGGUACAUUUCUUAACCUGUCAGGUUGUAGUUUAAACCCCCAGAUGUGAGUCACAGGUUUCUUCCCAGUGUUCAGUUACCUACUUAUUUGUGAAAAGUGCCAAAAGCAAACUAAUGCACAAGUGACUGCAUUUGCCAGCAAAUUCUAGGCUUCGUGCCACGAACCAUUAUUAAUGCUGUGACUCUACUGGAAUAUAGUCACCAUUUUGGCAUGAACUUGUUCUUGGUUGUGUUUUUAUUGCCGGUGAAAGAUGCUCGUUGAAUUUGUAUUGUGUUUAUAAUCAUGAUUUAAUUUAUAAAGAAAAUAAAUGUUUUAAAAUGGC